AUGGUACUUAUGAUUGAGCCUAGCGGCGUGUCAUUCACUCCUUAGUCACUCAAUUUCCCUACUUUACUAGUCUCUAACCUCUCUCCUUAUUGGCUUUACGCGUCACUCCCGGUCGCGCCUCUGCACCCCUCUCGAUCACGGCGGCUUCGGCUUGAUUGAUCUGCCUCGGCGUCUAGCGAUCGAUCACGCGAAGUGGGUCUUCCAGCUCCGGGCCCCGGACGGCUGCUUCACACGCCACCUCUUCGACAGCCGCAUUCUAUGGUAUAGCAAAGCGGUCGAUCAAAGAUGA